AUGCAUUUUCUUAUUUGGGUGCUAUUCUGGCUCACUACAGCACUCGGCUCGCUGGAUGAUCUGGCGUUAGAUAGUUUAAUCACGAACCUUGAGAGCGACUAUGAUAGCGGAAACAGCUCUGACAGCGGAGGAAGUUCCAUCUUCAACCCAGGGAUGAUUGAAGAGUGGACCCCCGUGGAAUCGUUCGCAUCUGUCGGUGUUCGCCAGUACUUCAAUUUCCCCGUCAAUUCUAGUUACUCACGUAUCAUGUCGAGCGUAGAUAUGCUGGUGUUCCUUAGCGGGAAUAUCAACACUCAGUCGUGGUCGCUUUUCAACUCAUCUACAGAUCUACAGCUGGCUGUCUACUACACUUUUGAUGAAGCAGACCUUUCAAACACGACCAGUCCCGGCAAACUGGCCCUCUUCGAAGCGGGCUAUUUUGAGGCUCUCGCAAUUCGUCCCUUAGAUACGAAUGACAACGCCACCCAGUACUCCAACCUGUAUCUGAUGGUGGAAGUAUACAAUUCGACUUCACAGUCUGCUGCCGUGUCUUCGAUUGCGACCCAGGACUUAUUCUGGAAUUACACUCUCAGUGUUUCGCAGUAUGACUUGGUCUUUCAAUGGGACAAUCGGGCCUGGAUUGAGCUUGUUGAUUCGGACUACGACUCUGCCCUUUUAGUAACAGGAAACGUAACUGGAAGCAGCAGUUCGAACUACUCCAUUUACAACACCGAUCUUUACGACCUGUACCUAUAUUCUUAUGCCUACGUGGAUUAUUUUGACACUACACUGACCCACUCGCUUGGCGCAAUAGAAAAUGGGCCCUACCUGGCGACAUCGGCCAUGAAUUAUUCGGCCAUUUAUGGAGACGAUUCAAGUAACGAUACAGACCUGGCUAUCAGGAAGUCUAUUACUGUAAGGGAAGGCUCUGUAAAAGAACAAUUUCACAUCACUGGCUUGAACGCGUCUACCACGUAUGUGGUAUAUCUAACCAAAAAAAUUUCUGGCAACCAAAAGGCGCUAAACUCUAAUGGUGGAGUUUUGUUUGCGAAAUCAACUUUUCGAACGAUGGAUGAUAAUUCAUGCUCUUUAAUUUUUGACCUGGACUUCUGUGAGGGCGUGGCAUAUUCAGUACCGACCUCGAGCUUGGCUAGGGACAAUAAGACUGCCAAUGCGUUCAUGUAUGACCAAAUUGCACAGUCCUUGUACGCUAACUUUAGCAAGGCUCUACAGAUUAUUCCGUGUGAUACAGAGCAAGACGCCAUAUAUUCACCCUUGCGAUCCUGCGAUGACUGCGCAGAUGCUUACAGAAACUGGUUAUGCGCAGUCAGUAUACCACGUUGUACAACGUUCCAGUCAAAUUAUUUUAUUCACAGGAACAAGGAUGAUAACAGGAACAAUUUUUUAAAUCAGGAUAUCCAACCUUUGAAUGAUUAUUUUGAAAUUUUACCUUGCAUCGAUAUGUGCUAUAGCCUAGUGACAGAUUGCCCGCCCGACUUCCAAUUUUCAUGCCCAAGCAGAUCGUCGCAUUCGGAUUUAUUUUAUAUGAGCUACAACGUUUUUGAAAAAAGUCAAGCCUACGACACUUGCAACUUUGUUGGAUCGUCGAGCAAUCUGCACAUCGUGAGUACCUAA